CCUCUUCAAUCUUCUUGGAAGCUUCAAACAUCUCCGACACAUUCUCUCUAGUACAUAUCAAAACAGAAACCAUCGCUCCACACCUCAAAAUGUCUGAACCCCAAACCUCUAUCCCCAAAGGAUCCAUCAUCCUCAUCACCGGCGCCAACGGCUUCGUCGCCUCGCACACCGCACAACAAUUCCUCGCUCGAGGCUAUCGCGUCCGCGGCACCGUCCGCGAUCUCAAAAGAGCCUCCUGGCUCCUCGAAACCACCUUUAAGCAACAGGCCACCAACGGCUCCUUCGAACUCGUCGUGAUCCCAGACUUCAGCGCGCCCCACGCCUUCGACGAAGCUAUCAAAGGCGUCGCCGCGGUCGCCCACGUAGCAGUUGCUACAGACUUCAACCCCGACCCCAACAAAGUGAUUCCCCAAACCAUCGCAAGCACGACUUCCCUAAUGGAAGCCGCGCAAAACGAACCCUCGGUCAAGCAAUUCGUCUACACGUCCUCGAUUGUGACGGCGACCAUGCCCGUCCCCAGUAACCCCACACACGUGGGUUCAGACACGUGGAACGACAAGGCGGUGGAAUUGGCGUGGGCGCCUCCGCCAUAUGACGCUAGCCGCGGCAUGUUGGUGUACAUGGCUAAUAAAGUCGCUACCGAGAAGGCGGUGUGGGAGUUUGUGAGGGGGAGGAAACCCGGGUAUGCUGUUAAUGCGGUUUCGCCGGCUGCGAUUAUGGGCGAGCCGCUGCAUAGGAGCCAUGCUGAGGUUGCGGCUGCUCAUGUUAGGUCGUUGUAUCAGGGGAAGGUGGAGUUUCUGUCGUCAAUGCCUGCUACGUUGAAUAUCAAUGUCAAGGAUGUAGCGCUACUCCACGUCGCUGCUAUUCUUGAUCCCAAAGUGCAGAAUGCGCGACUUCAGGCUUGGGCGCAGUUCUGCAAUUGGAAUGAUAUCCUUGCAAUCAUGCGCAAAGCUGUUCCUGAUCGGGAGUUUAUCGAUGAUUUACCGAAUCUGGCCAUGCUGAGCUUGUCGACGGAUCUGAGCGAGCCACUUGCGCUGCUGAAGAAGUGGGGUGGUCAGGAUGAUUGGAUUUCUCUGGAGGAUACUAUCACGGAUAAUGUCAGGGCGCUUGUGAAGAUGGGGUUUUAGGGUGGGUAAGUUGGCAUGUGCCUGGGAUUUUGACACUCAGGCUCUUGAUACUGUAGAGUUUUAGCUCUCGAUCUCUAAUUUUUCUAAACUACUCUUCAUCUUCUUCGUCUCUAUCGUAACACUCGUCAAUGUCUUUCCAGUGACCUACUUCCCACGAUGCGUGCUCGCAGGUCGAUUUAAACACAUUGCCGCAUCGCACAAUUUCAUCCACUUGUGAGCAUUCUAGCUCAUGACCGCGUGCUGAUAGUUUUGCUGUGGAUUCGUGUUCGUUGAUCUUUCCCUGCCGCCUGGCCUCGCGGUUUGGUUCAUUGCUGGGGAAAUCUUGCACUGAACAUUUGUCCGUGGUAUCCAAUGCCGCAAAACGUUCGGAUACUGAUGGGACGGAAUGAACAAAAAAUGUAUCGUUUGUGGAC